GGGUGGUGGGAGGUUACUGCCGGCGGAGGCUACCCCGGGAGAGCCCGCAGCCGCUCUUUUCCCGCUCUGUCCCCCGCCUGGCGGCCGCUGCCGACCUAACGCUGCGAAGUUGGGGAAGGAGCAGUCCGGCCCAGGGCAAGGUAGACUCUGGCCCGAGCGCCCACCGGAGCACCCACGCCCGCGACAGCCCCGGGGCCUCUCCGCACCUCCCGCGCGGUGGCCUCUCCCAGCGCUGGGGCCACCGGCAGCGUGUCAACCUAGACAGCCCCUCGGGUUUCCUUUCUGGAAUUUUUCUCUAGGCCCUUCGGUCAGGUUCCCUGGAGGUUCUGCUUUGUCCCGUCUGUCUUCUCCCCGGAAAUCUCGGAGCGUCGUCUGAUCUCAGUCCGUUGCCCCGGACUCUUCACGCCCACACAUGCUGACCUUUUUGUUGAGACCUGUGAGCAUCCUGUACCUGUCUUCAGGGUUAUUGGUAACAGCUCAGUUUGGAGGAGACUUCUCACCCAGGAUGAAUCAAGUUUCCCUGACUCCCUCCCACAUAAUAAAUCGCAAUGUGGGUCUGAAAGUUGAAGGCUCAAGCUUCACACUUGAUGGCUUUCCUUUCCUGAUCAUAGCAGGUACUAUUCACUAUUUCCGGGUGCCCAGGGAGUACUGGAGGGACCGCUUGCUGAAGCUGAAGGCUUGUGGCUUCAACACUGUGACCACGCAUAUUCCCUGGAACCUUCACGAGCCAAGAAAAGGCUGGUUUUAUCUUACUGCAAACCUGGAUCUCACGACUUUUAUAUCCAUGGCUUCGGAGGCAGAGCUGUGGGUAAUUCUGUGUCCAGGUCCUUAUAUCGGUAGCGACUUAGACCUUGGAGGCUUACCCAGCUGGUUACUCCGGGAUCCAAAAAUGAAGCUGCGAACAACUUACAGAGGCUUCACUAAAGCAGUGAAUCACUAUUUUGAUAAGAUAAUUCCCAUGGUAGUACAACUCCAGUAUGGAAAUGGAGGCCCCAUCAUUGCUGUGCAGGUUGAGAAUGAAUAUGGUUCAUAUCAUCGGGAUAAUCGUUACAUGUCUUAUAUUAAAAAGGCUCUGAUCGCAAGAGGAAUCAAGGUGCUGCUUAUGACCGCUGAUAAUGGAGAUGAACUGACAAGAGGCCACUUAAAACGGGUACUUUCCACUGUCCACAUGAAAAAUAUAAAGAAAGAAACUUAUGAUACACUCUUAUCAAUUCAGCCCAUCAGCUCUGUCAAGCCGAUUUGCAUGGAGGAGCUAUCUGUGAACCAGGGGAAUGGUCAGUCUUAUGGAUACAUACUUUAUGAGACUGUGAUCACCACCAGUGGCCUCCUUAUCACAAAGAAUCAUGUUAAAGACCGAGGUCAGGUCUACAACGAUAACCCAACACUGAGGAUCCUGGUGGAGAAUCAAGGCCGCCUUGCCUAUGGGGAGGACAUCAAUAAGGAGAGAAAAGGUUUAAUUGGGGAUAUCUACCUGAACAAAUCUCCUUUAAGAAAUUUUAAAAUCCAUAGCCUGGAUAUGAAAACUAAAUUUAUACAAAGGGACCUUCCUAACAUCUGGAAACCAGCUGUAUUCAAACAUCAGGGCCCUGCCUUCUUCCUUGGUAUCCUGAGAAUUGGUAAUGACCCCAGAGACACCUUCAUAAAAAUGGAGGGCUGGACAAAAGGUGUAAUAUUCGUCAAUGGAAAGAAUCUGGGACGCUACUGGAAUAUAGGUCCCCAGGAGACUUUUUACCUUCCAGGACCCUGGCUUCGUCCUGGAUCAAAUGAGAUCAUUGUGUUUGAGGAGUUUAAACCUGGCCUGGAGAUCCAAUUCACAAACAUAUCUCGUCUAGGAUAUUGAAUCUUGAGUGUUGUGACAUAAUGUAUGAAAUUGAUUGAGAUGAAUCACUUCAACAGUGGGGCUGUGAGUAACCUACCCAUCCUGAUAACUCGGUUGCAGAAACUACCCUGGCUUCUCCACUUACCCAGUCCCUGCUUUGGGCCUACCAUCCUCUUCCUAAUUUGCCAGUACGUUCCUCUUUUGGCAUAGGUUAGCUAACCUUUUUCUGAUGCUCAUUACAAAAUAGACCUACUUAGUGCAUACCCUUUAUCAUACUGCUACAAUAAAGGCUGUUUGACCACCAAAUAAAAUGCUGAAAAAAUGAGAUGCUCAGAAUACUUGAUCCCACAAAUGUAAAUUUGAAGCAAAAGUGAUCUUUUGAAGAAAUCAAAUAAAAUGUAAACAUUAAUG